UGCGUGUCGCGUGUCACACGUCCGUACAUUGUUCUUAUUUCGAAACGCGAUCCAAAUUCAAAUCGAUAUUCUUUUUUUAAAAGACAAUUCGAUUUUUAAAUAGUUUUGCAUUUGUGUAAAAAGGUUUUUAUUAGCGCGUACGAGUUUAUGGUUUUAAAGAAGACGGUACAAUUUUUGGGUUUUGGGACUGUUUAAAAAAAAACUUAUUUUUUUUGUGAGAAAUUGGAUGAUGAUAGCUGAAUGAAAAAGUUUAGAACAAUGUCGAGGAUAUGGAACGUCCUGGUGGUGCUGCCACUAUGCCUCACACUGGUGGGUCAAGCGCGAACCGCCACUUACACGCCUCGCUCCGAGUACGGGUAUCCCGCCGGUCUUAUUCCUGAUUGUCCCGGAGUGAACAAGAAUGCGAGCAUCAGUCCUCGCAUGAUGAGUCAGCUGCAGGUGACGAUGCACCGCCUGUCCAGCACUGGGAAAGUGAUCAGGAGGACGGUACCAGUGGAAACUGCCCAUAAAGUGGUCGCUAAGGAUAAGAGUAUUGAUUUAAAGAACAAGAAGACGGUGCUAUAUGCUGUCGGCUUCUGGGACAGUUCAUCGUUCCCCUUCUCCCAGGCUAUCGGCACCUCGUACUCCAAGCGAGGGUAUAACGUGUUCCUGUCUGAGACCAUGACCUUCCUCACUUAUAUUUAUCCUAAGUCAGUCCGCCUUGUAAGAUUCAUCGGCUUAAAAAUGGGCGAGUUCCUAGUGCGACUGAACGAGCUAGGCCUAGAACCUGAAAAUCUCGAACUAGUUGGAACUAGUCUAGGCGCCCACGAAGUCGCCUACGCUGCUAAAUACUUCUACCAAGUCACUGGGAAGAAACCCUCAAGAUUAACAGGAUUAGACCCAGCAGGACCUUGCUUUAGAAGCUUAGGCCCAGAAGACAAAUUUGCAAAAACCGAUGCUGAGAAAGUCGAUGUCCUACACACAAAUAUUGAUGGUUUUGGCAUAGCAGAAACUUUAGGACAUAUAGAUAUUUACGCUAAUGGUGGAGAAUUUCAACCUAGUGACAUUCCUUACAUACCUUGUCUGGUUGUUUGCAGUCAUAUAAGAGCUAUGUUAUACUGGUGGCAGGCUUUAGAACAUCCGAAGAAAUUUAUAGCUGUCAAAUGUGAUAGCGUUCAAGAGGCAAGAUUUGCUCAAUGUUUUAACAAUACUCCUGUUAAUUAUUUAGGUUUGGAGGCUCGUUUUGACCGGCCUGGUAUUUAUUAUAUGGCUACGAGUAAUGAGUUUCCGUAUUAUCAAGGAAAAGAGGGGUUGAAGGAAGAAAAUGAGAUUUAUACUUCCGUUGUUAGAAGGAUUAAUGAUGAUGACGGUUUUGUGGUAUAGUGUAGGUAUUACGGAAGACUUUUUACGGAAGUUUUAGUGUAAAAACUGGUGGUUUGCUUCGUGAAGUGAUUAAUAAAUUGAGGCCGACUUUGGUUUCCAGUUUUGACUGUGAUUUCAGUGAGUGUUUUGUGCAAUUAUUUUAGAAUAAAAUAGGACGUGAUUGUGGCUUUAUAUACGUGUAAUUAAAACAAUAAUUAAGGUUAAUGUAAAAGGGUAUAUUCAAAUCGCAUGUUGUUUUUGCUUAGGCAUUAAGUUGUAAAUAAUUUAGUUUAGUCAAGUAUAGAUUACUUGACUAAACAAGUACAAGUACAAGUUACAAGAGGUACCUAAGGUUUGUUAAUAUGUAACAUAUCUAUGUCGUAUUAACUAAUAAGAACUACUAGAAGUAUUAAAAAUAUGUACCUACAUAGCUAUAUUAAAAAAUGCUAAAGGUUAUAUUAGAUGACUACAUUAAGCAGCUGAAGUCGUGGGUAGUUAAGUGGUACCGAAUGUUUUGUGCAGUUGACAGCUGUCAUUUUUGAAGAACUAUAGCAUAUGACAGAACUGAAAGAGCCUAAUAAACUGCGAGUAGUUUGACUUAAAGCAGAUAUUUGAAUACUUAAUAUUAUUUUUAGCUUUUCCUAAAUAAACAAUUUUCGAAGAGCAUGGGAAUAUUCUGUGAUUUUAGUGUCUAGUUUGUUUAAUAAAACAUAUUUAUUAAGAAA